AUGAAUACUACCAAUAACAAUACAAUAGUGGCAUUAAAUAAUACAAUUGAUACAACAAAUUGGCUUCUUCAUUCUUCUCUUUGGUCAUUACGUAUUGUAUGUCCAUUAUUUCUAGUUCUUUCUCCUAUUUUUAAUUGGGCAUGUAUACGAAUAUUUCAAUCACGAAUAUAUGCUCGAUCAUCAACAAAAUGGUAUUUUAUAUUUAUAGCUAUAUUUGAUACAAUUUAUGUAGUUGUUACCGCACCACUUUUAUUUUUGAUAACAUUUGAAAUUUAUAUUCUUAAUUGGAAUGUAUUCCUAUGUAAAUCAGUGCUUUUUUUUAAUUAUUUAUCAUGUCAAAUAUCAGCUGGUCUAUUAGCAUGUUUAUCAAUUGAUCGUCUUAUUGCAACAUCAUGUUUAUCAUUAUAUCGUCUUAAUUGUACAACAAAUUUAUCACGAAUUGUUUGUUUAAUUGUUAUAGUCGUUUUUUCAAUAGUUAACUCACAUUAUUUAAUUGGUUAUACAAUUGAUUCACAUGGUUAUUGUAGUAUAAGACAUUAUAAAUGGUAUGAAGCAAUAUAUUCACGUUUAAAUGUUGUUUAUUUAUUAUCAUAUUCAAUCAUACCAUUUACAAUAAUAGCCAUAUGUAAUUUAUUUAUUGUUCUAACUGUUUGUCAUAAUAAAACAAACAUGAAAAAAAAAUAUGAUAGUAAAAAACAAAUUAUACUACCAAAUAUCCCUCAUGAACAAAAUUCAACAUCAAGAGAUGUACCGAAAAUAUGUGAAAAACCAACUAAAGUAUUAAAAUUUCAAACAUGUUCAACAACUAAUAAUACAAUAAAUGACAAUAAACAUGAAAUAUUUGUAUCAAUUAAAGAUGAAAAAGUAAUAAAUAAUCUUCUUGAUUCUAAUGUCGCUUGGCAAUCUCAUCGAAUAGAUCAUUUAUCAGAUAAAUUAUUAUUAAAUGAUAAAGAACCACCUAUAUCAAUUGAAACAUUAUCCACAUCAACAGAAAAUAAACAAUCACACAUACCAUUACAAGGUGAAAAAUCAUUAUUAACAAGUUAUUCAGUAUUAUCAUCACCAUCAUCGUCACCAUCAACAAAUUCACAAAAAAUGGGUGUACAAUUACAAAUAACAAUAAGUUUAUUAGUUAUAUCAAUUAGUUUUAUUUUUUGUACAUUACCAAAUUGUAUAUCGACAAUUAUGAUUCAAACGUAUACGAAUGAUGAAAGUGUUCGAAAAUUCUGGCAAGCUAUGAAUUAUUUUUCUGUUGUUCCAUUAUUAACAACACAUUCUGUUAAUUUAAUUUUUUAUUAUUUAUCGUCUAAUAUGUUUCGAGAACGUUUUAAAGAAUAUUAUUUCAAAAAAAAAACUUAA